AUGCCAACUGAACUCUCCCGGGCCGUGAGGAUGCACGCCAUCUCCGACCUCCACUCCUCCCUCACCCUGCGACUCCUCAACAAGGGGCCCGAGUACCUCCAAAAAAAGGGCAGCCCGGGCAGGAAGAGCGCGGUGGAGAGGCUGGCAGCCGAUAAGGCCAAGUACGUCAAAAGCCAGCAGGUAAUCGGCACCAAGCAGGAACCUGUCAUCGUGCUGAGCUCAGCCUCGGAGAGCAGCAGCGAGACCUGCGGUGUACUCCUGCCGGGCCCCCCUGCAGCACGCUCCCCCAUUGCCAGGCGCAGCACCCCCAAGAGGCAGAUGCGGCCGGAUUCCCUGGUGAUUUACCGCCAGAAAUGCGAGUUUGGCAGAGGUCAAAGCCAGGACAGCUCACGGGGGAGCCUGGUGAGGAGGAUCUUCCAAGGGUCUGUAAAGGAGAAGCAGUUGGCUUCCCCCGAGAUGCCCAGAGUCAUGGAGGACACCGCAGCCACAGAGAGCAAAGAACCUCUCUUGGCAAAAGACUGGGACCAUGAGCCAAGCGACAACAGAAGGGAGCACGCCGUCACCGUGAGCGCCGAAGCCCCAGGGAUAUGUACAAAAGAGCAUGAGGGACCCUCAACACCGAGUAUACCUCCUGAGGAGGUCAGGGAGGUGAAGAGGAGAGGUCUCCAUCGCUCCCAGUCAGACAUCAGCUCUCGCUACUCCAAGUCCUUUUCCGAGUUUGAUACAUUUUUCAAGUACUGUGGCCUGGAUCAGGAGGUCAUUGAGGAUCUUGGGAGAGAGAACUUCUCCGUGGUGUCCGACAACAUCUCUUUCAAGAUCCGCAGCAUCAGUGUGGCGACAUCCGAGAGUGACUUCACGAGGCACAGCGGGGAUGAGGGGCUGCUGGAGGAUGAACUCACAGAGCAGGUCCCGAGCAGCACCUCCGUGAUCGAGCGCAACGCUCGGAUAAUCAAAUGGCUGUACACAUGUAAGAAAGCCAAGGAGACUAACAAGGUGAUCCAGGAACUGGCAUGA